AUGAAUCCUUAUAGCAGCAGACGCGAUGGGUACCGUUCUUCGGACCCGCGCGGCCGUUCGCGCUCCCCUCCACCCUCCCGUGACUUUCAGGAGCGCGAAGCUCCUCACGCCCGCAUCAACCGCGAUCACGAUGCCCCACCCAAGCUGCUUCCCCGCAAACCGGGCACCUCGGCUAAUGCCCUUCCCGUCAGUGCGAGUGGCAGCCUCGCUGACAACCAUGCUUCCACAUCAGCAUCAGCAUCCGCCCACGACCGUAAUGUUCCUACAAGUCGUCCAGAGCCAUCCACUCUGCACGGACUCUCAGGUGCCGCUCCCGCCUCUGCCGCUGUGAUCGGAACUCACGCCGAACUUGCCGGACGGCUGUAUGUCUCAAAACCCGAUAUUUAUCUCUUCGAAAUCAUGCAGGCCAAAAACCUCGCGAUCUUUAAGGAUCAAAUGGAACUCGACGAUCAGAAGGAGAAGCUUGAUCGUGUCCAAGGCUGGUUUGACAAAGCCAACAGCAACGACCCUCGGCACUUGGCCAGGCUUACCGACCAGCAGAAGAUCGUAAAAAAUCUCCAGCAAAAGGUCCAGUCGGCAACGCUUGAUCUCUAUCGCCUGCAAGUCGAUUUCAACGUCCAGUCUUUUACGUCUCUGAUGACGCCCAUCUUAGCUCAAUUCGAGUCCAGACUGCAAGGCCUCCACCGAGAAGCUCAAGAAGAGCGCGAAAGGGACCGCAAAGUUCAUGAAGAGCUCCAGAAAGCGGCUACCACUCACUGGGGACAAAUUAAUCGCUGUCAGAGCGAUGUCACUAAGAUCAAGGGCGAUCUGUCCGCGCUCACCAAGGACAAUGAUCGCCUGCACAACGAUGCCAAAAACAUGCGCAAGGAUCUCGACGCCGACGUAGCCAGGAUCAAGGACAAUCGCGAGCGCAUCAAGCGCCUCGAGACCGAAGUGGCCGCGAUGCCGGACAAGGCUGCCAAGUCAGUUGCAGGCAUGCCCUCAGCCGCCGGCGCCUCUGUGCGCGCAGCCACGACCGCGCCUUCCAGUCCGGCCGCAGCCCACGUUGCUAGGUCCAGCGCCCCCUCGACCGUCCUCGAUCCGGGUUCAGGCACUGCUGCGCAACCUAACGCUGCACCAGCCUCUGCAUGGACAGCUGUACCAACCUUUGUCGCAGCCACCAACCACAGCACCACACAGCACCCUCCUCCUCCUCUUCCUGCCGCCGUAUCUAGUUCGCCUUCUGUUUCUGAGGCGGUCACUCGAGCUCAAUUUCGCAAAUGGGUGCGGGGUCACGAGCAGGACCUCGAGUUGCGCUUCGACGAAGUCAUCGACCGUGCUGUGCACGAGGCUCUUAUGGAGAACCGGGCGUGCAUGGACGACCGCAUACGAGCACUGGCUCGCAGCUGGAAGAGCAAAGUCCUUCGUGGAGAGGGUGCGUCCACUGAACAGACCCAGGCUGCAAUCAACGCAAACACUGGUGAUCCUGCGAGUGCGACCGCAGUGGCUGCUGAUGGGGCAGAAUCAAUGGAGAUCGAGACCGAGCAAGAGCAGCAGAAUCAAGUCCCCGCGCAACGCAGUCUUGCUCGUGGCCCACCUGGCUCAUUGCCGUGCUCACCAGUUGCAGUCCACACCACAGCCAACAGAAUCAAGCCUACUCAAGCGGCCAUUGAGCAGACGAGUCAGAAUGGCGUACCGGCAAUCACUUCGAUUCAGUCGCAGCCUGUCUCAGCAGGCGCAACAGUGUCCUCAGCACCGACUGCUACGUCGUCUGGCGUCUCGAUUCCUGGCCCGGCUUCAGAACCACACAAGGGCGGCACUGCAAGCAUCGCCUCUGCCAUGAUGACUAAUGCCACUGAGACAACACAGCGAGCCGCUGGUGGCGCCGGACAAUCGCACAUCGUCAAACAGGAUGGCACCCAGAAGCGGAUGACAGAUAUGCCAGUCGAAGUACUUGCAGCCAUCCGCGGCACGCUCAACGAGCACGGAAUGAAACUCGCCGCAAUUGAGCAGAAGGUUGACGCAUUGGCAUUUCCCGAGAACGAGUCAUUUGCCAGGCUGAUCGGGUCGCCGGACAAGGUCAAGCAGCUGGUCGAGUUGCUACGAGAGAACGGGCUCUUCGACGUCGCCACGGCGGUCAGCAGCGUUCUUGUUCAAAUUCAGCCCAACAUUGACCAAAUCCGUGCCAGGCUUGGUGCUCUGCGUACUUCGCAGCAGGUCUUGGAAGCGUGGCGGCCAGAGAUCGUCGCUACGGUGGACAAAAAGGCGGCUGACCUGCAGAAACAGUUGGAAAUGCUCGACGACCAGUGUUCGCUGCAAGGUGCCCUGCUGGUCAAGCUGGUGGAGCAUGCAAAUCCACGCCAGACACCUGUCGGUGCUAACAACUCCGCAAGUGGUGGCGGCGCUCAAGCUUCGCCCGUAACGCACUCUUCAGCCGUCCGCUCACCGAUGGUGCAACCUACUCAGCAUGCUCAGGCCCCGCCAGUUCCACGACCGUCUCCUUUGGAUGUGUCGCCGCUGUCGAAUCCGAUAAUGCGGCCUCCCUCUGGCAUGGAUGCGGCGGCCACGGCACUUUCGGCGCAUAUGCAACCAGCUGCUCAACAGCGGCCUGUCAUGCAUCAAGUGCUCGCGCAACGAUACCCGCAGCCGCCACAGCAUGUAGCUCAUGCUGUUACUCGAGGCACAAAUCAGUACCAGGACCCCAACCACCGUCAGGGCUACCAUUAG